AUCUUGACCUGUUCCCGGAAACCGUAACCUUACGCGCACUGUUGUUCUCAUCCUUUGCUUUUCAUUGAAAUGCAAAUAAAACGUGCUCCAAACAAAUUUAUUAAAGUACACGAAGAUAAACGAAACGGCUAGUCUGCUACAGCUCGUGGACUAAUCAGGUUCAAAGAACAUGCUCUAAAGAACCCAACUCCCUCAUAUAUAUUCUUCCCUGUCCUAAGCUAACAGCCACCAUCCAUUCUUUCUUCAUUUCCAUUCCCAAGAAAACUUCACUGAAAUCAACUUUCUCAUCAACAAAAUUACGUAUACUUUACAGUUCUCUCAAGAUCUGUGAGAAAAAUAAUUCUGAGCGAUAUGGCGAACUUGGUCCAGAAUAAGUCAUCCGGCAAGGCAGCACCGGAGAAAUCUAAUUUUGCUCAGACAUGCAAUCUUCUGAGCCAGUAUUUGAAGGAAAGAGGAAGCUUUAGAGAUCUUAGCCUCGGAAUUAAUGGAAAGCUUGAAGCUAAAGGUCCUGAAGCAUAUAUGCCACCGGCAACAACACUGAAUCUACUGUCUAACAUUGAAAAUUCUGCUGAGACUUUAAGACAAAACUCUGUGCCAUCUGCAAAUAUAAAACCCAUGGAUUUUUUCCCACAAUUUGUGGGUUUUGCUUCUCCAAAUCCUAUCGAGGAGGACUCCAUUGCUAACAAGCCUGCAGAUUUGAGGAAAUCCUCCAGAGAAGAACCUGGAACUGCCCAACUGACAAUAUUUUACGCGGGCCAGGUGAUAGUUUAUGACGAUUUUCCUGCUGAUAAGGCUAAGGAGAUCAUGGCUUUAGCAAGCAAAGGAACCUCCAAUUCUAAAAACGGCUUUACUACGACUGCUUCUACUUCUGCCAUGGAUAAAACUAAUUCCAUUGCCUCCAAUAAUAAUGCUCGAGAAGGACUUCGAUUGCAAACUCAGGCUAAUGGUUCAGAUUUGCCAAUUGCUAGAAGAGCUUCACUGCAUCGGUUCUUUGAGAAGAGGAAAGAUAGGGUAGCAUCAAAGGCACCAUAUCAAUUAAACAACCCCUCAUCACCUGCUCGUCCUAGACCAGAUGAAGAAAGCAAUCCCAUUAUUAUUGACCUAGAAGUAGAAGGCCAAUCAUCGAAACAGCUUGAGCUUAAAUUAUAGUUGAUUUGUUCAUGAUCACCAUACAACUUGGGAUGUUGUAGUGAACUUGAAAAAAUCCUAGCUGUUACCCUUCUUUAAUUUACUCGUAUAGAAUUUUGUGAAGUAAUUAACUUCUUGUGUUAAUUAAGUUAAUCCAUAUACUGAAGAAUUUUGUGGUAA